AUGAGAGAGGGGCUGAGAUCGCGGACGCGGUUGGGGACGGUUUCUGGUGGCGAAGGAGUUGUUCACAAGAAAAAGGUUGUUGUGAAGAGCGAAGCUGUUGAUUUGGAUGGUGAGCGUUUGGAGGUGCAGAACUCAAAGAUUGAGAAGAAGGAUGAAGUCGAACGUGAUGUGAAAGAAGAAUGUGGCUUUGAUUUGAACUUGAGUGCGAGUGGAGAUGUUGACUUGGAUGAGAAUGGGAGUAGUAGGAGUUGUUUUAGUGGUGGAGGUAGUAUUGUAGUUGCUGAGGUAGAUAGGAAAGCAAAGAAGGAACAAGGUUCAAAUAAUGAAGUACUGGUUGGGGGUAGAGUGUUGCGCUCAAGGUCUAACGGGGGGAAGGAUAGAAGAGUGUAUUAUGGAGAGAAUGAGGAUGUUGUUUCUGAGAAUGAUAGAGAAUGUAGUGGGAGUGAGAGUAUGAAAGUUAAGAAGGAAUGUGAAGAAGCUGAUGGGUUUUUGGCUGACAGUUGUGAGAAUGAAAAGGCUAAGGUGAAGAAGGCAGGGAAUGACAGGGGGGAUUUGAAACGGAAGCGCGGGAGGCCUCCCAGAAUAGAUGUGAAAGUGGAAGAUCAACCAGGUGAUCAGUCUCCCAAUAUAGAUUUGAAAGUAGAAGUUAAAUCAGUUGAUCAGUUGCCACGUAAGCGUGGGAGACCCCCUUCGGCUGGCAAAAAAAACCAUGUGGUGGUGCAGAAUAUAAAAGGGAAGGCUGGCCUUAGAAAAAAUAAAGAAGGUUUAACUAUGAAACAUGGUGCAAAUGUGAAUGCAGUUGAUGAUGCCAAUUCAAGGAAGUCUGCUGGGGAUGAGUUAGAAAAGAAGGAAAUCUCUCUUGUCAAGAGCACAAAAUUUAGUAAGGCUUCGGAAACUGGCAACGAAGUGGUGGCCUCGCCAUUAAGAUCAAAUAACGAUAAUGCACUUGUCUCUGAGAAAAGUGGAAAGAAUAAAGUAAAGCAGUUAGUGAGGGAUCAAAUAAAGGAAAUUCUCUCUGCUGCAGGCUGGACUGUUGACUAUAGACCUAGGAAUGGUAGAGAAUACCAUGAUGCAGUGUAUGUUAGUCUGGACGGACAUACACAUUGGUCAAUCACCUUGGCCUACAAGAGGCUUAAAGAGUAUUAUGAAGCUGGUAAUGGUGAAGGUACGGCUUAUAAACCAGGCUUCAAAUUUACACCAAUACCAGCAGAGGAUUUCAAAAUCCUAACUAAGGUAAUUAACAAGCAAAGUAAUAGGAAAGAUAAAUUGGUAAAAAAAGGGGUAAAGGGUGGAAAGAAAGUUGAUGGAGUCAAUGGUAGUAAGAACAGAGAAAAGUCAGGUGCAGCUGUGGGUAAGUCAAUCAAGAGGAAAAUGAAAAGGAAAUGGUCACUUGUAGAAACAGAUGCUACAUCACCUAACAGGAUGCCUGUUCUUGUGAGGGAUCAUAAGCGACGCAAAACGCAUAACAAGCACCGAUAUGCUCCAUUAGUUCGUAAUGCUGAGGAGAUAGAUUCAGAAACGGAGGGAUAUGUACUGUACAGUGGAAAAAGAACUUUGCUUGCCUGGAUGAUUGAUUUGGGCACAGUCCUUCUAAAUGGGCAGGUUCAUUAUAAGCCACCUGAAGGUAAAAGUGCAAUACUGGAUGGUAAGAUCACAGGAGAUGGCAUUCAGUGUGGCUGCUGUAAUAAAAUCAUUACAAUUUCAGAAUUUGAAGUUCAUGCCGGAAGCAAAUUUGCUGAUCCACUGCAAAAUAUAUAUGUGGAGGAAGGAAUGUCCCUUUUACAAUGCUUGCUAGAUUCGUGGAAUAAACAAGAUGAAUCUGAACGCAAUGGUUUUCAUUUUGUGGAUGUUGCGGGUGAAGAUCCAAAUGAUGAUACUUGCGGGAUCUGUGGAGAUGGUGGAGACCUGAUAUGUUGUGAUGGUUGCCCAUCAACAUUCCAUCAGGACUGUUUGGAUAUAAAAGAUGCUGAUGAUGAACUUCCUAUGUCAAAAUUACUCACUUGCCGACUAUGUGAGCAAAAAUAUCACAGAUCCUUUAUUGAGACAAAUGAUUCCAAUACUAUUGACACCAGUGAUGUGUUAUUUUGCGGAAACAAAUGUCAAGAGUUAUCUGAGAGACUUGAAAUGCUCCUUGGGGUUAAACAUGAAAUUGAAGAUGGAUAUUCUUGGACUUUUAUACGACGGUCAGAUGUUGGCUUUGAUGUUUCUAUGACAAAACCUCAGACGAUUGAAUGUAAUUCUAAGUUGGCUGUUGCAUUAUCAAUAAUGGAUGAGUGCUUCAUGCCAUAUAUUGAUCAUAGAAGUGGGGUCAAUCUGAUCCACAGUAUUCUGUAUAAUCGUGGGUCAAAUUUCAAUCGUCUGAGCUAUAGUGGAUUUGUUACUGCAGUUCUAGAGAGAGGUGAUGAGAUAAUUGCUGCUGCAUCUAUCAGGAUCCAUGGGAAUAAACUAGCAGAGAUGCCAUUUAUUGGUACCCGCUAUAUGUACAGACGGCAAGGAAUGUGCCGCCGGCUUCUAAAGGCCAUUGAAUUGGGACUUGGCUCUUUAAAUGUUGAGUUAUUGGUCAUACCAGCUAUCUCAGAACUCAGAGAAACUUGGACUUCUGUUUUUGGGUUUGAGCCACUUGAAUCAACAAGCAAGCAAUUAAUACAUAAUAUGAAUUUGUUGGUAUUUCCUCAUGUAGAUAUGUUACAGAAGAAGAUAUCAAAACGUGAAUUGGCUGAUCAAAAUCCGAUUCCUUCAGAAGCUGUCAAUCUUCAAAGCAAUCAAAUAGCAAAUAAUGGCAAUGAAGCUGGCUCAUCUGGGUGUGAUCCUCCCCGCUCUAAUGCAUGCCAGAUAAAGGAUGAAACCGUAUCCACUGAAUCUGAUUGUCAUAUUCCUAAGGGUUCAUUGAAUAAUGUACCUGACAUUGCUAGCAACAUUGACGAUGAUAGGCAAUCUUCAAAAGAUGACACAUGUCAAGUUGUAUGUCAGACAGUUGACGAAAAUCCGGUCAUGGAAGAUACUUGUUGCCUAGCUGGAGAUAGUCAGUUGAACAAUUGCACCGUUCCUUGUGAGGAAAGACGAUGUCCCACAUCUUGUAUUAGCAUUGAGGCUACAAAAGGGCACUGUGUUUCUUUGGAGGUUACUGAAAACUUCCCUAAUUUGGUCGAAGUAGCAAAUGAAGUUAUGUCAAAUAACAAUAGUGCUGAUGACUCACAAACUGCGUUUGGUACAAGAGGUUCGAAAGAUUCUGCUGACUCUAUUCACCAGGAUUCAUAUAUAUUUUCUGACAGUUGUGGACUAAGAAGAAACAAUGAUUGUGGUCAACCGAACUUUAUUGGAACAAAAGAAGUACAUGGUGUUAGUGUUUCUGGUUGUAAUUCUAGACCCAAUGGUGAUUGUGCCUCUGGUGAUGGUGCUUCCGCAACUAACGUCUUAUUGCACCUUGCAUCUGAGGACAUCGCCAAUAACAAGCCUUGGUUGAAAGGGUCUUCUGAGCUACCUGAGCCUGAUUUGCAGGUUGAUCAAACUGAACGGAACACUGGUCCCUCCCAGUGGAGCCCUAACACUGCUUCUGGUGCGGCUCUUAAUUGUGCAACUACUGGAAGUGCUUCGCGUGGUAGUACUGAGGGAAUAGUUUUGUCAAACCAAGCCAGUUGA